UCACGUGGCAACAUUCUCGGCAUAUUGUCGGAAGUCUUCGUUGAAGUUCGCGUUUGACCGGCAGUCAUCGAAGUUCCAAGAUGGCGGCUACCAGUACAGAGGAAGUUUUGCAGUCUCUCAUAGACACUCUUGAUCUGUGUGCAGAGAAAAUCAAAGAGGGAAGCUUGGGACAAGUGAUGGAGGACUUGGAGUUGAGUUUUUCUUUGGAGGAUUUUUGGAUGAAAUUAGGGAUGACAUUCAGGGCAGUUUCUAAAGAAGCUACCAAACUAACAGUCUCCUUUUCUAAGCCUCCAGCUCCAUCUGUGGAUGAAUUGCAGUGUCUGCUGACCGGAUUUGAGACGUCAGUAAUAGCCAUGUUGACAAUAUUUCGUUCUUUGCCUCUGUCACAAGGUAAAAAUCUUCACAAGAAACUUCAAGAAUCAGUUCUCACUGUGGUUGAUGACUGCCAAGUUCUUGCCUCUUCAUUUAUCAAGGAAGGCUGUUCAAGUGUUGCAAAUGCGAAGACGCAGUCAACAGGAACUUUGUGGGAACACUGUGACAGUUUCCAGCAUCUUCCAAAAGAUAAUACACAAGCAGUGUUAGCAGUGUUACAGUCUAGCUCAGAGCUGAUCAAAGAUGCACUCACUGAGCUUGAUGAGGCACAAAAAUGUAAUGGAUGUCAAGGUGAUAAUGAUGAUGAUGAUAGAGAGUCAAGUAAACAGGGCUGGUCAAGUGAAGACAAACUGUUAGUCGCGCCCUGUGUAGGACUGGUGAAAGCAUGUCGAUCGUGUGUGAAGAAAAUUUCCGGUGCAAUCCGAACUUCUGGUCAAGUGACAUCAGUAGAAAAUAUCCAGCAACUAGAUCAAAUGGCAGACGAAGUCUGCAGAACGAGCCCAAGUGUUGACGAUGUAGUUAUGAGUCUUUACUGUCCGAUGAACCAUCAAAAUGUUUCUGAGUCUGCGUCCAAGCUAGCUCAUCAGCUAAAAGAGAUGCUGAAUAAAGCAAGGAACUCCCAUUUUACGCUCGUGUCGGACUCCACCUGGCUCGACUUUUUGGACAAGGCAAUAGAUCAUAACUUGGCCAAACUUACGGCCAUUCUACAAGAACAAGGAGAAACGAAUACAUGAUGCUAAAGGAUUUACAACUAACUCAAGAAUCCAAUCUUUAGACUGUAGCAGAAGCAUCGUGCCUCUUAAGCUCGCUAUAUCUUUAACCACAAGAUUCUGACACCACAAGAUUCGGCGAAAUAUAGCUCCAAGCGCCGUAAAAAGGGCUUACAUAUUACCCAGGUGCGCAAAACAGAAAUACAAACACAAGGAUUGAAAGGGUGCAGAAUAGCAAUUUUCGCCGCCAAAAUUACUCUUAUCAACGUCGAACGACGCGUGUAGAAGUGCCUUGUAAUGGAAUGUGGCUGAACCGAUUUUUUCCGAUAUUUACUGUCCAAUGCAAGUGUUGUGCGAGUGUCUACGAGCACCCAAAAAAUUUCCCCGUCGGCCUCCGGAAUGUACCGUCCAAUGCAAGUGUUGUGCGAGUGUUUACGAGCACCCAAAAAAUUUCCCAAUUGGCGUUCGGAAUGCCGGAUCUUCUCACUGAAGUUGUUACAGUGUCUAUCUUUUAGGCCGAAUAAGAAUCGUAACAAAUAGUAAUAAAUUUAAAUGAUGGAAAAGAAAAUAAAGAAGUUGAAGUUG